CACGACGACGAGGCGGCGAAAGCGGCGACGGAGCUGAUGAAGAAGAGCAACCCGAAGUGCCCGCGGUGCAGCUCCAUCCACACCAAGUUCUGCUACUACAACAACUACAGCAUGGCGCAGCCGCGCUACUUCUGCCGGGAGUGCCGCCGCUACUGGACCAAGGGUGGCUCCCUCCGCAACGUCCCCGUCGGCGGCGGCUGCCGCAAGAGCAAGCGCUCCUCGUCGUCCUCCUCCUCCUCGUCGGUGGCGGCUGCAGCACCGGAGGCGCCGGUGUCGCCGCCGCCCAGCAUGCAGGCGGUGCUGCCGCCGCUGUCGUCGGCGAUCAGCAAGCUCCUGCAGUCGGAGCCCAUGCCGGCGCCGUGCGCGGACUUCCCCAACGUGCUCCCGACGUUCGUGUCGACUGGGUUCGAGCUCCCCGGCGAGCACCUCUCCCUGGGCUCCUUCGGGCCGUUCGGCAACCUGCCGGCGGUGGCUCCUGGUGGGACGACGACGUCGUUCAUGGACAUGCUGAGAGGAGUGGGCUCAGCAGGAGGAGCGCUUUUCGAUGGAGGCAACGGCGGCGGCUACUACGCCGCUGGUGCGCCUGUCACCGCCGCCGGCAACGGGAUGCUGAUGCCGCCGCCGCUGCCGCCAUUUGGUAGCCUAUCUCUGAUGCAGCAUGAGAUGCAGGGCUUGUUCGCCGGUGGUAUCAACCACGCGAUGGGAGGAGGCGGCGAGGAAGGCGGCGUGAUGGGGCUAGGCCAGUGGCCGCCGUCGGAGCUCGGUGGCGCGGAGGAGCAGCAGCACGCCGGCAGUGGCGGUGCAACUGCAGCCACGAUGAUGAAGGACGGCUGCUACGGCUGGAACAGCGCCGCCGCGGCUGGAGGCGGCAACGGCGCUGGCGCUGCCGGUGGUGCAACUCCAUGGCAGGGCCUCAUCGACAGCAGCUCGGCCAUGAUGUAA